GCCCCAGGUAUAUGAGCGUUUGGGAAAGUGUAGGACACCUUCCAGACCAGACCAAAGUGGCCCGCAAGAGAACUGGACCUAGCCCUGUAGUGAAGACUGUAACUCAAACAUGGCUGACAAGCAGAUGGAGAAGGAAAUGCCCAACGGUGUAAAUCAGAUGGAAGAAAACCAGACUGAUGAUGAGAGACCCAAAUGGGACAACAAAGUUCAGUACCUCCUCACCUGCAUUGGAUUUGCUGUGGGUCUUGGCAAUGUGUGGCGAUUCCCCUACUUAUGUCAGGUUUAUGGAGGAGGUGCUUUCCUGAUCCCUUACCUGAUUGCACUGGUAUUUGAGGGACUGCCCCUCUUACACCUGGAGCUUGCUAUUGGACAGCGGUUGCGCAUGGGAAGUGUCGGUGUCUGGAAUUCCAUUUCACCCUACCUUGGGGGUGUAGGUAUAGCGUCCUUGAUAGUUUCCUUCCUAGUAGGUCUUUUUUACAACACCAUCCUGGCCUGGGUACUGUGGUACUUUUUCCAUUCAUUUCAAGAUCCUCUUCCCUGGAGAGAUUGUCCUGUCAACCUUAACCGAACGGGGUAUGUGACAGAGUGUGAGGAAAGCACGCCUGUGAACUACUUCUGGUAUCGUGAGACUCUGAACAUCACGCCCAACAUCGAGACUAGCGGCUCGGUGCAGUGGUGGUUAGUGGUGUGUCUGGCCACCGCCUGGUGCCUCGUCUAUAUCUGCUUUAUCCGUGGCAUCGAGACCAUUGGCAAGGCAGUGUACAUCACAGCCACAUUCCCCUACCUUGUCCUCACUAUUUUCCUGGUCAGGGCUCUGACCUUGCCUGGCGCUACAGAGGGCUUGAUCUACCUCUUCACACCAAAUUGGGAGACACUGAAAGAUCCAAAGGUGUGGCUGGACGCUGCGACUCAGAUCUUCUUCUCCCUGUCCCUGGCUUUUGGUGGCCUCAUCGCUUUCUCCAGCUACAACCCUCAGAAAAACAAUUGCGAACGAGAUGCUCUGAUCGUCGGAAUCAUAAAUAGUGCCACCUCCAUCUACGCCUCCAUUCCUAUAUUUGCUAUUCUUGGGUUCAAGGCAAAUUCUAACUUCAAUGACUGUAUAAAUCAAAAUGUCCUGUCUCUGACGAAUGCGUUUAGCAUUGGGGAUAAGAACAUAACGAUGCAAAACUAUGACCUUUGGCUGGAACAGCUAAAUACAACAGAUCCUGAAAAAGUAGCAGAUCUUCAACUGCGUACCUGUGAUCUGCAAACCUUUCUGGAUCAGAGUGCGUCAGGGACAGGCCUGGCCUUCAUUGUGUUCACAGAGGCAGUCAUCAAUAUGCCGGGCUCACAGGUGUGGGCUGUGCUCUUCUUCGUCAUGCUCUUCAGUCUGGGUCUGUCCUCCAUGUUUGGAAACCUAGAGGGUGUCCUCACCCCUCUGCUGGACCUACAUAUGGUGCCCAGCUGUAUUCCUAAAGAGAUUUUCACAGGACUGAUGUGCCUCGUCUCCUUCGCCGUGGCCCUGAUCUUCACACUGGGCUCAGGAAACUACUGGCUGGAGAUUUUCAACACCUAUGUGGGGUCUUUGCCCCUGCUCAUCAUAGCCUUCUUUGAGAUCAUCGGUGUGGUUUACAUUUACGGGAUUGGCAGGUUCAAUGAUGACAUUGAGUGGAUGACGGGGAAGAGACCCAACCUUUACUGGCAGGUCACAUGGAGGGUUAUCAGCCCCCUGAUGUUGCUGGUGGUCUUCCUGGCAUACAUUGUGGUCCAGGCUAGCACAUGGCCCACAUAUCCUGCGUGGAACCCAGGCUAUGUCGACUUUCCAAACUAUGAUGUUCAGCCCUACCCAGGUUGGGUGUUUGGGAUCUGCAUUCUGCUGUCCACCAUCUCUUGUAUCUUCAUACCCAUCGUCGCUCUCUACAGGUUCAUCGGUUUCUUGCGAAGACGUGUCAGUGGCGGGUCCUAUGAUAACCAUGGCUAUGUAGAAGACACUGCCACGGUUAAAUAUUUUUAAUCCCUUCACUGCGUGAGGACAGUGUAUAUACUUUAAUACCAUAUGCACAAAACAAUGUAAAGUGGCUGUGUAGCAAUGUUUCUAAGGAACAGGUAACAAGCAUGAAGGCUCUGGUAAAAAUUCUAGGUGGCACUGUACUGUUGCAGCGUGAUGUACUUAAACUGCAUUGCUGCAGUUGCUAUUCAACUUACAUAGCCCUGAAUUGGCAGAGUAUGUGUUACAUAUAAAGUAGAUUCAUUAUGGGAGAUUAAAAUAAAUCCUCAGGUUUAAUUGGCUUGGCGUUCCUCCUUUUUGCACCUCAACCGAUGUGUGGUGAGUGUUCUGGCACCAAAAGGCUGCUGUGCAUCACAUAUGUGAGUGGUAGACAUUGAUGAUGGCUUGACUUAUCUGCUAGACUGUGAAUAGAUUUGAGAAUGAAAGUGCUGUGUUAUGUAAAUGCGUUAUCUCAAGAUAAAUUCUUUUUCUAGCCCCAAAAUAUAUGUAAUAUAUUAAUUACAAUAAAAUUAAAUAUUGUAAUUACAUAUAUUUAUAUAUCUGUUGAUUUUUCCAUCUCAGCGACAUUAUAGCAAAAAUGUAUUAAUAAUUCUAAAUUAAAUGGAAGCUCAAAUGGUUUAAAAAGGGGAACUGCAUUUGUUAACAAUAAAAAAGGUUCUGUGUGUUGUAAUGGACAUACGCAUGUAAAUGAAUGACAUAAAUGACACAAUUUAUGAUACUGUCAUUGUUUCAUCGUGCUCAGAUUUUGUCUGGAUUGCUUUUGCUGUUGAUGUGUCUCCCUGUCAUGGCUGAUUUAUAAGUUCCUUGCCAAUUACUAUUGUUCCUCACACCAGAAAAGUUUUAUUAUUUUGUUUGUGUAUCUGCCAUUACGUAAGAGGCACUGGUUAUACCUUGAUAUUAAAGAGAGUCAGUGUGUAAUAACAUUUUUCAUAUAUAACAGUAUGAACAUGAAUAGAACUUAUUUUUUCAAAAAUAAAAACCCGCAUUCAUACAAUA